ACAGGUCUCUUACAGGUGGACUCAACGCAGAACUAGUGAAGAAAGACGGAGAAAUUAGAGAGAGAGAGAAUCAAGAUCAAUACAAAGUUGGCAAAGACUUGAACGAAGGACAGAGAGAGAGUGUGUGUUUGUGUGUUGCGGCGAGAGAGAGAGAGAGAGAUUGUCGGCGUUAAUGGCGGAAGGGCAAAAACCGCGAAAACACAGCGACGAGAGCGUGAAGCUGUUUGUAGGUCAAGUGCCGAAGCACAUGACCGAAGCACAACUUAUCGAAAUGUUCGAAGAGUUCGCUCUCGUAGACGAAGUCAACAUCAUCAAAGACAAGGCAACGCGAGCUUCACGAGGGUGUUGUUUUCUUAUAUGUCCGUCGAGGGAAGAAGCAGACAAGGCAGUGAAUGCGUGUCACAAUAAAAAAACUCUGCCGGGGGUUAGUAUUGUCGUGAUCUCCCCUUCUUGUUCUUCUUUAGGAUCGUUUCUCUUACAUUACUGA